UGCAGUCUUUAGCACAAUUCAGGGAAUUGUGUGGAUCUCACUUGGCUCCAAUGUUUGGUGACACUACCUCAAGCAGCAAAAUGAAGUUGUUAAUCUUUGCUCUGCUCUGUAUCCAGCUCUCUGAGUGUUUGUACAAAGUGCCUUUGUACAGAAGCAAAUCUGUGCGAGAUAUCCUGAAGGAGCGUGGGGAGCUGAAAAGGUUCUUAGAAACUCACAAAUAUGAUCCUGCCUUGAAGUACCAACAUCUCUUUCCUGGAUACCAGUCAGAGAAUGCAAAUGAGCCACUUGUGAAUUUCUUGGAUAACUCCUACUAUGGUUCUAUUACUAUUGGUACCCCACCCCAGAGUUUCACCGUUCUGUUCGACACUGGCUCCUCUAACCUUUGGGUCCCCGCUAUCUACUGUAGCAGCCUAGCAUGUGAGCACCAUCCCAAAUUCAAUCCAACUCAAUCCUCAACAUUCAGAACAAACAGGCAACGUUUCGGCAUCGCUUAUGGUUCUGGAAGUUUAACUGGAUUUUUUGGAUAUGAUACAGUUAACGUUGCAGGUAUAUCUAUUCCCCAACAGGAGUUUGGUCUCAGUGUGACUGAACCAGGAACUACCUUUUAUUAUGCAAGAUUUGAUGGAAUCCUUGGUCUUUCAUACCCAGCACUUUCAGCAGGGGGCGCCACCCCAGUUUUUGAUGGCAUGAUGCGGGACAAUCUGGUGUCGUCCCCUGUGUUUUCUGUUUACCUGGGCAGGGAACCAAACAGUCAACAUGGCGGUGAAGUGACAUUUGGAGGGAUUGACCAUAGUUUGUAUACGGGUGAAAUUGUCUGGGUCCCUGUCCUUCAGGAAUUGUAUUGGCUCAUCCCAAUGCAAGGUGUGCUUCUCAAUGGUGAACCGACCUUCUGUACCCAAGGCUGCCAAGCUAUGGUUGAUACUGGGACUUCAUUGCUCACUGCACCAAGCCAGGAAUUAGAACAACUGAUGCGAUACAUUGGUGCCCAGCAGAACCAGUAUGGGGAGUUUGUAGUCAACUGCAAUGCAGUCGGAAACCUGCCUUCAUUGACUUUUGUAAUCAAUGGAGUUGAUCUCACUAUUCCAGCCUCGGCCUACAUCCAACAGAGCUACGGCCAAUGUGUUGCUGGAUUUGAGUCCACCUACCUGCCAGCUCCUACCCAAAAUGGACCUUUCUGGAUCUUGGGUGAUGUCUUCCUGAGAGAAUUUUAUUCUAUUUAUGACAGAGGGAACAACAGAAUGGGAUUCGCUAAAGCUGUCUAAGCUGUGUACAUUCUGGCUUCUCCUUCAAGAAAAGCAAUAUCUUCUCCAAGAGACUCUAUGCCUGUCAUAACUGACCUUCCUCAAUAGACUGAUUAUGGUAUAUUUUCCCAAGUGUCAUUGCUACUGAUGUUUGUGUUCUGUUUUGACGCAGGCACAACCUUACUCACAAAUCAAGUACUUGCCCAGUAUCUGCCGCAUUCAUUUCACAAAAAUUUUCAUUCCGUUGAUUGAGAAGCCUUUCCACCUGAAGGUUACCAUUGCUUCACGUGUAAAUAAUAAAUAUUAUAAAGCAUUGAAAAGCA